GAUCCAUUGGCUUGGUUCCCCAUCCCCGACCCAAGCACGACAACGGGCUUUGACGGUGCCAAAACUCCGCAAUUUUCGUGGUAGCUAAUUAAACCCGCCAGCGCCUCUUUGCUUCGAGUUAUCGCAGAAACCGACUUUUGCCCGCACCACCCGACCUUAGCCCCGAACCGACGCAGCGAAAACGAGCUUCCGAGAAGUGAAACGGGCAAACAAGAGGACCGACGUUCUCGUUUAAACCUGCCGUCUGCCGUCUGCCGUCUGGCUGCCCCCCACGAACCAACCGAUCGACUUGUUGACAUCAUGGCCGACGACCCGCACAACACAAGCGACAUUUCGGAUCAUGCCGAACCCGCCGCCGCCGCAAAGGAGGACGCCGAGACCACCGCCGCACGGCGUGAGCUAAAGCAGACCACGAUUUCCGAGAAGCGGGGGCGCGAGGCCGUGCAGCUCUCGCAGGACGACAAGAGUGCCUCGGAAGACGAAGCGCCCAAAUCCAAGUCCCGGCGGAUCACACCGCCCAUCAGCCUAAGUGCGUCGAACGACGACAUUUUGAGAGCGCAGAUUUCCUCGCCCAAGAAAAAACGAGCCCACGAUGAGGUCGACGAGAACAAGGAUGUCGCCGAGGCUCCGCUUGGAGGAACGCCCGACAAGGCUGCCAGUCCAACAAUGGUGCAGAACAGGACGAACCGGUCCGAGCCCGAGAAGAAGCGACCACGGGACCGCCAAGCAAGUGCAUCCGCGGUGCAGGGCGGAAAGGAAGAAGUGGAGCCUCUCUCUGCCAGCGCAUCACCGAGGUCGAGCAUGGAGCAACUAGAAGCACGAGACUCGCCCGCCACAUCCGAGACAACGCGGCCCAAGCAAACAUCAACUUCAGCGUUUGCCAGCUCCGGCUUUGCAAAACUGGCGGCCUCGUCAACCUCGCCGUUCGGUAGCUUUGGUGGAUCGGGGAAGCCCAGCUUGUUCGGCUCAUCGUCAGGCUCCUCCUCCCUAGGCGGUGUUCUCGGCGGCUCCAAGCCAGCCGCCCCCUCAGCACCACCGAAACUUAGCUUCGGCGGAGCUGCCGCUUCGUCUCCAUUCGCCGGGUUAAAUGGGCAGGGCACCGGCGGUGCGUCGAUGUUCAAGUCGAGCCCCUUUGCGAGUUCUUUCGGCGGCAGUGCCCUGUCAGGGCCGCGCAUCAACUUUGGCAAACCCGGCGAGGUUCUUAAGAGCGACAAGCCGGCAAAGCCAUUCGGCGCGCCAGACAGCGACGCUGAGGACAAGUCGGAGGAGGAGAGCAACGGAGACGAGGACGCUAAGGGCGAUGCCUCGUCCGACGAUGAGGGUAAAGAGGAGGAGAGGAGCAGGGAGGCAUCCAAGGGGGUUGAGGACAAGAAGAAGCCCAAGUUGCAGAAGAUCGUGGUUGACGACGGCGAGAGCCAGGAGGUGACUCUUUUCUCUGUGCGGGCGAAGAUGUACCUCAUGGAGAAGGAUGUCGGGUGGAAAGAGCGUGGCGGGGGUAUGCUCAAGAUCAACGUACCCAAGUCGACUGUCGACCUGGACGAUAAUGGGGUGCCCGACCCGACCUCCUUCGACGCCUCUGUUCUAGCAGACGAAGACGACGACCAGCUAAAGCACGUCCGCCUCCUCAUGCGGCAGGACCACACCCUACGUGUCAUUCUGAAUACCGUCCUUUUGCCGGCCAUGAAGUUCCAGGUUACCAACCGGCUCAAGACGUCGACGGUGGGGUUUACCGCAUUUGAAGGGGGCGUGGCGCGCCAAGUGCAAAUGAAGCUGAGCGAGGUCAAUGCCACGGCAUUCUCACAAAUGGUGGAGAUGUUGAAGAAACAGCUUGCCGAUGUAUAGGCACGGCCCUGGCGGCCGACUACGACGUACUUUCUCGACAGGAUAACCGCAGUCCUUAUUCCCUUCCCUUUGUUUGGGCACGCAAGAGAGCCUGACCUGAUUACAAUUUGUUGGUGAGGGGGGCCAUCGGGGGGAAGGUGGUUAGCAUGCAUUUUAGGUAAAAGGAGGGUGUUGGUGGCAUUGGGACGUUACCUUCGACUGGCCUGGCGGGGGCGUUCUUUGCGAGAAGGGGCCCAAAAGAACUACGUUACCAACCUACGGAUAGUGGGUUCUUCAUGGGAGGUGUCUGUCAGGUUUUGUCGGUUUUUUCUGUACCUAUAAACUACUUACAACGGUUGGAUGGCCCGUCGCCUGUCCUAGGUAGCACUGGGAUGCCAGAGUGCGCUUUAUCUUGGGGCACUAGACGGGGCAGCACCAGACAGGCGGCGGGCGACGGAAACAGCUGUAUCCUUAUUAACGCAAUCGUGUCGAAUAAAGCACUUGUCGAAGUUA